AUGCUUUCUACUAGUUUGAUCGCCAGCUUGCUGGCAACAGCUACUUUUAUCACCUCAUCCACAUCCUCGCCAAUCUUAGAAACAAGGCUGGCCAGACGAACAUUCACCACACCUCAGUUGGUCUCGUACUGGGGAAAUGGUUUUGACCAGAUUCGACUUGGCGACUUUUGCAAGAACACCACCUUGGACGUUAUCCCUAUCGGCUUCGUCAACACAUUUCCCGAUGAGCUCGGAUCGAAUGGACAGCCCAAAAGAUAUCCUGGUACAAACUACGCAAAUGCUUGCGGUGCCCCUUAUUGGGUCGCUCCCGAUGGAACACAAACCACCAUGUUCACAACGUGCUGGCAGAUCGAAGAAGACAUCCCCAAAUGUCAAGCACUAGGAAAAAAGAUUGUGGCUUCCCUUGGUGGCGAUUCGCCUGGUAACUUUAUCGCAAGCAAACAAUCCGCCAUUGAUUUCGCACAGUUCUUGUGGGGUUCAUUUGGCCCUCUCCAGGAUCCUACUCAAACCCUGUUCCCCAGACCCUUUGGCACUGGCGUUGUUGUCGACGGUUUCGAUUUGGACAUUGAAUCCUUUGGACAAGGUGGCUUUGGAUACGCGGAUUUAGUCAAUGAACUGAGACGACUUGCUGCUCUUUCUAACAAGCCUAUCAUCGUCUCAGCAGCACCUCAGUGCAUCGUCCCUGAUGUCCAUUUGGCCGAUGCCAUCACCAAUUCCGUCAUCGACUAUGUCUGGGUCCAGUACUACAACACUGAACAAUGCUCAGCCCGAUCUCUGUUCGGCUCUGGUAGCUUGAACACAAACACCGAUGUUACUUUUGGGUGGGCCAGCUGGUUGAAGCAAAACUCCAAGAAUCCCAAUGUGAAGCUCUUCCUCGGAUUACCCGCGUCGCCCGCUGCUGCGUCUCCUGGUUACUACUUGAACCUUCAGGAAGCGACAUCUCUGAUUGAAGAAUUUGGUUGCAAUACUAGAUAUCAAGACAUUUUUGGGGGCGUCAUGUUAUGGGAAGCCACCGAGUCGGCAAGAAACAUCCAAGCGAAUGGCCUGACAUUUGCCGAUAACAUCAAGGCUGCUUUGGGCAAGCUGUCGUGCGCACCAGUCCACACCACAACCACCACCACAACGACUACCACCACUACAACCACGACGACGACUACCACUACCACUACAACCACUACCCCACCAACCACAACCACAACCACAACCAUUCCUACAACCACCACCACCACUACGACAACCACAACCAUUCCUACAACCACCACCACCACUACGACAACCACUCCUACGACCACCUCCACCACCACCACUACCACUACCACUACCACUACUCCUCCGACAACCACAACCCCAACCACAACUGAGCCCACCACAACGACCACGACAACACAUGCUGUCGGACCUAUCGAUACUACUACUACUACCACCACUACGACUGAAGCACCAGCGUCGACAACAACUACCACGCAUGAUUUCCCUCAUCCGCCAGUCACCACGACCACGACCACGACCACUACAACAACUAGUCGCACUGUUGGGCCUAUUGAUGAGUCGACCACCACAACCACCCAUGUUCUGCCCACAACCUCAUCUACCCACCCACCUCUUCCAGAUUCCAGCUCAACAACUACAUCUCCCCAUGUAGGACCCGUCACAACUUCGUCUGAACCAUUGGAACCCUGGGAAGAUUGGGAAACAACUACCACGCGACCUGUCGACCCCAUUGAGACAACCACGACUGAUGAUUAUAACUGGUCCGAUUGGCCAUCCGCGACCACUAGCAACACAGCCGGACCUAUCGAAACCUCGACCUCGAGCCUUGAUCCCUGGAGCGACUGGGUGGCGACGACUACAUCAACCAAGCCUGUCGAGCCUGUGCCAACCUCCACCUCAGUUGAUCCAUGGGAAGAUUGGGCGACCACAACUUCCAGCAAGCCCGUCGAUCCCAUCCAAACGUCCACUGACGACUAUCCAUGGUGGGAUUGGGAAUCAACAAGCUCAAUUAUCGACCCUGUCCCAACUUCAACGGAAACAUCCUACCCCUGGAUUGACUGGGAAGUGACCACUACCUCAAGUAUCCCUGUUGCUCCGACAGAGACCUCAACCACUGCUGAUUCUACCUACCCUUGGCUGGAUUGGGAGUCGUCCAGUGUCAAUGUUGUGGCAACAACUGAAACUGUCGUGCCCGUGGUACCAAUCGCAGCGUCGACUCGCGUAGCACCCGCUAGCGAUACUCCAGCUCCUAAACCAGUGUCCCCAACGAGCGCCACGGACGUCAGACCUGCCAUCGCCACCUUCACUGGCGGUGCCACGCAAAUGAAAUUGCCUACGUUCGUUACGGGCGCUGCGGGAUGUGUCCAUGAAAGGGGCACCGGUUCUGCGCGGAGGACUCUUGUGGUCGAUCGAUCAGAAGGUCAAUGA